AUGGGCCUGGGGGACCUGGGUCCGUCCAGACAGCGCAGCACCCGGCGGCUCCUCGGAGUCCCGGGUCGAGCUGGCCUGUGGUCUCCAGCCUCUCCUCCGACGUCGAGUGACAACUUCGGGGGUGACCUGAGCACCCACGUGCAGGAUCCGAACCCCCCAGCCAGCGGGCGGCUGGAGGACCUGGGGCGGCGGCUGGUGCGCGCUUUCCAGCGGGCGGUGGCGAGCGGGGCUUCCCGGCGCGCGCGGGAGGCGUCGGCGGCGGCGGCGGCGGCGGCAGCGGCGGCGCGGGAAGAGCGGAGCCGGGCGCGGGAAGAGGGGAGCGGGGCGCGCGUGCAGUGCGCUUUGGCCAAGCUGCGCGCGGAGCUGCUGGAUAUGCGUUUUCAGAGCCAUCAGCUGACCAGAACGUUAUUGGAGUUAAACGUGAAAAUGUUACAGUUGCAAGAGGAACAUGAGCUGGAGACUCCCGCAGAACCUCAAGGCCCUAAAGAUGAUCCUGAGAAUCUGGAGCAUGGAGACUUGGAAUCUGAAUCCUAA